AUGGGAGUUUGGUAUGUGGGCGGCAAGGAGGCGACGACGAUGAAUGCGACGGCGGCGUACGAGCGCGGACUGGCGACGCUGCGGGACUACGUGGCGGGCAGCGCCGGCGCCGGUGGGUUCAAGGGGCGCGCCGUGGUGAUGGGCGUGUCGCCGGCGCACUACAACUUGCCCGUGGCGGGCGUCAAGAAGGGGUCGUGCCAAGUCAACUCCAUGCUCACCAGCGCGCAGGCAGCCACCGUGCGCAGUGGAGACAGCUCCUCUAGCGAUCUGCGGGCCAUCCAGCAGCGUGUUCUCGCGGGGUCGCCGGUGGCAUACGUGGAUGUGAACCCCAUGAGCGACUCGCGGCCCGAUGGACACAUCCAAAACUGGAGCGUCAAAGGGGGAGCACCAGAUACAAGGAAGAACGACUGCCUUCAUUGGUGCGAAGGAGGAGUUACAGAUGCAUGGGUGGAAAUGCUCUUCAACAAGCUGCAAUAG